AUGCCAGGAUUCUUGAAAACUAAAGGUACAAAAAUUGUCGAUGGUGACGGCUUCGUCACCGUUUUGACCGGGGCCGCUACCGGCGGCCAUCUCAAUAUGGAGAACUUCAUUACGGGCUAUCCCGGACAUGAAACCGAACACAAAAAGGUAAUGAAGUCCAAAAUGGGAGCGGAGAAAUUCGAGUACUUUUUCGACAAGUUUUACGAAUAUUUCUGGACAGAAGAGGAUGCGAAAUUUUUCAAGUCUUUGGGUUUCAAUUGCUUGAGAAUUCCAUUCAAUCACCGUCACUUUUUGGAUGAUGAAGGUGAUCUUUUCCAGAUCAACAGGAAAGGGUUCGCCAGACUUGACGCCUUGGUGAACACUUGUGCCAAGCAUGGAAUCUACACCAUUUUGGACUUGCAUACCGCACCAGGUGGACAGAACCAAGAUUGGCAUUGUGACUCUGGAAUCCACAAGUCACUUUUCUGGGAGUUCAAGGUGUUUCAGGACGCAAUUGUCAACCUCUGGGUCGAGAUUGCAAAGUACUACAAGGAUAACAUUUGGGUUGCCGGCUACAAUCCAUUGAAUGAGCCAGCAGUUGCAGACCACAGCAAGUUGGUCGAUUUUUACAACAGAAUCGACAAGGAUGUUCGUGCCGUUGAUCCUAAUCACAUCUUGUUCUUGGACGGUAACACUUAUGCCAUGGACUUCCGCCAAUUUCCAAGCAAGACAAUUCCAAAUUGUGUCUAUGCCAUUCACGAUUAUGCCCAGUAUGGGUUCCCCAACCUUGAAGGAACUUUAUACAAGGGAAGUGAAGAAGAAAGGGCCAAACUCAAGUCACAAUAUGAGCGCAAAAUUGAGUAUAUGAAAGCUCACAAUGUUCCAGUUUGGAAUGGUGAAUGGGGCCCUGUCUAUGCCUCCAAGGUGAGAGGAGAUAGUGACCCAGAAACUAUCAAUAGGGCUCGGUACAAUGUUGCCAAAGACCAAUUGGCGGUGUACAAGAAGGGAGACCCUUCUGGCGAUAAGACACCGAUUAGUUGGUCCAUUUGGUUGUACAAAGAUAUUGGGUACCAAGGCUUGACUUACGUCUCUCCAGAUUCCAAAUGGUACAAGGUUCUUGGCGACUUUUUGAUCAAGAAGAAGCAUCUUGGUUUGGACAGAUGGGGAAAUGAUAUCGACCCAAAGUAUGCUGAAUUGUAUGCAAAUCUCGUUGAUCAUUUCAAGGCUAACAUGCCUGAAAAACACCAAAAGGCAUUGUAUCCUCACAACUGGUCAGUUACCGACUAUGUCUACAGGGUUACAAAAGAUAUGCUUUUCUCGCAGUAUGCUCAGCAUGAGUUUGCCGAAUUGUUCGCUGGUUUGAGUUUUGAGGAUUUAGACGAAAUGGCUGCUUCGUUCAAGUUUGAGAACGUCUUGAAAAGAGACGAGUUGAACGAAAUUCUUAGGGCAUAUUAG